AAGAAACAACCUGUUUAGUUCUCUACAUGAGAAAAAAGUACGAGAGAUUGAAAAUCUAAUCGGGUUUGGAUUUGUUGGAUUUUUGUUUGUUUCAAUGGGUAAUCGAAUUGGGAAAAUGGGUCGGUGUUGCGGCGUCACCGGAGAAAUCUCCCGGCGGCAUGAUUUUAUUAUGGAGGAUGAGCUCUAUGAGGAUUUGGGUCACUCCUUCUGCUACAUCCCACCGGAGCAGGCGCCACUCUCCUCCUCCAAAGUGUACUCACUCUUGGAACCCAUCUCUGCCACUGCCGCAAUGACUAAAACCAUGACGUUCGGACUCAUCUCCGGCGCCUCCGUCAGCGCCAAUGUGUCAACGAUUCCAUCAGGUGUGCUCGCAGAUUCCCGCCCGCACAGUGCCACACUGGAACGGGCCUCCAAUUUUGAGGGCACAGAUUGCUUCGCUUCACUUCCCCUGCAGCCGGUCCCUCGUUCUGGGUCAUGUACUGUGCCGGGGUCGGGCCCGAUUGAGCGGGGUUUCAUGUCAGGUCCCAUCGAGCGUGGGUUCUUAUCGGGCCCCCUGUUUUCAGAUACAACGGAGGAAGAGAAGUUACAGAGAACUUUGUCUCAUGGUAGUUUAGAUGACACCGACGUUCAGCCUCUGAGAAAGAAUUCAACCUUAAUCAAGAGUUUCAAGAGAGCAAUAUCAAACAAAAUUAAAGGUUUUGUUUCAGACAAUGAAAAUGUCGAUCUGAGUAGGCCCGGAUGCUUGAACACCGACGAUCAUGAUCACGGUGGCGAUGCUGAUUUUUUUAUGAAGAGUCAGAAUCUGCAAUGGGCGCAGGGGAAGGCGGGAGAAGACCGUACCCACAUCGUGGUUUCGCAGGAAGACGGGUGGGCUUUCGUUGGAAUUUACGAUGGAUUUAAUGGCCCUGAUGCACCCGAUCAUCUCGUCAGCAAUCUUUACAAUGCCGUACAGGGGGAGCUCAACGGAUUGUUAUGGAAGAAUGAUAUUGAAUCAAGUGGGGUUUUAGAUUUUGAGGAGAUUGAAAAUACCCAGAUCACCGAUCAAGAAAACUGUCCUUCAAAAAGUGGGGAUUUGAAAUCAGAACCCGAAUCAAACAGGAACCCUGGGAAGAAGAAGAAGUGGAGAUGGGAAUGGGAUCGAGAAAUGAAUUCGGAGGAAACCAUUAACCAUUCCGACGUCUUGAGAGCGCUUUCAGAGGCACUGAGGAAAACAGAGGAGGCAUAUUUGGGGAUGGUGAAUGAGAAUCCGGCUCUGGCUUUGAUGGGUUCAUGUGUUCUGGUAACGGUAAUGAAAGGAGACGAUGUGUAUCUGAUGAACAUCGGAGACAGUCGCGCCGUUCUCGCGCAGAAGGCGGAGGCGGAAGCUCUCCACCAGAUUGAACCAUUUCCCAACCUCACAUGCCUUCAGCUUACCAUGGAUCACAGUACAUAUGCAGAAGAGGAGGUGGAGAGAAUUAGACAGGAACAUCCAGAUGAUGAUUGUGCAGUAGUCAAUGACAGGGUCAAAGGUUAUCUGAAGGUCACCCGAGCAUUCGGGGCCGGUUUUCUCAAACAGCCAGAGUUGAAUGAUGCAGUGUUAGAGAUGUUCAGAAUCAAUUACGUCGGAAAUUCUCCAUAUAUCACCUGUUCUCCUUCACUCUACCACUACAAAUUAAGCCCUAAAGACAGAUACUUGAUUCUCUCUUCCGACGGACUUUACCAGUACUUCACCAAUGAGGAAGCAGUGGCCGAAGUUGAAUCCUUUCUUGCUUUCUUCCCCGAGGGAGAUCCCGCGCAGCAUUUAAUCGAAGAAGUACUUUUCCGAGCAGCUAAGAAAGCCGGAAUAGACUUCCAUGAAUUACUUGAUAUCCCGCAAGGGGAACGCCGGCGGUACCAUGACGAUGUUUCUGUCAUCAUUAUUUCUUUAGAAGGAAGAAUUUGGCGAUCAUCUGUAAACAAUGAUAUAAUCUAAUAGAAAAUAGAAAAAAGUUUUGUUCUUUGAGUUUUUUUUUUUUAUUUUUUGAAUUUUCCACGAUUAAUUUCUUAUACUCAUAAAUUGAAUUUCAUACG